AACAAAAAGCAAAAUGGAGGAGCAUUAUUUCUUUCUCAACCCAUUGUUCUGGGCUACCUCUGUUUCCUUCAUCUCCCUCUCUCUAGUUGUCCUCUUAUAUAGGCACAGAUCCCAAUUCACUAGCGAAAACCUCCCGCCAGGAAAUGUAGGCUACCCCGUGAUCGGAGAGAGCUUUAAGUUCUUGGCUUCUGGAUGGAAAGGCCAACCUGAAAAGUUCUUCUUCGACCGAAUAACCAAAUUUUCCUCCCAAGUCUUCAAGACCUCCCUCUUUGGGGAGCAAGCUGCCAUCUUCUGCGGUGCGGCUUGCAACAAAUUCUUGUUCUCCAACGAGAACAAGCUUGUCGCUGUUUGGUAUCCCAGCUCUAUCAAAAAGAUCUUCCCUUCUUCCACUGAAACUUCUAAAAAGAAGUUUAGAAAGUUGAUUCCGAAGUUCAUGAGGCCUGAGGUUUUGCAACGAUACAUCGGCAUCAUGGACACUAGUGCCCGUACACACUUUGCUGAUGCUUGGGAAAAUAAAAACCAAGUUCAAGCCUUCCCCCUCACUAACGACUACACCUUUGGUCUUGCUGUACGCUUGUUUCUGAGCCUUGAGAACCCAAAGGAAAUGGAAGAAAUCGGUCAUUCAAUCCAUCUGUUGAACGCCGGAAUCAUAUCGAUGCCGAUUGACUUCCCAGGGACCCCAUUUCAUACUGCCAUAAAGUCCUCCAAAUUCAUCAGGGACGAGCUGCAGAAGAUAAUUAAGCAGAGGAAGAUUGAUUUGGCAGAGGGCAAGGCCUCCCCAACACAAGACAUAUUGUCACACAUGCUGUUGACGUGCGAUGAGAACGGAACGUGCGCGACGGAAUGGGAAAUUGCUGAUUGGAUUAAUGGGUUGUUGAUUGCUGGCCAUGAAACGACGAGCGCUACCUGCGCCUUCAUUGUCAAGUAUCUUGCCGAGCUUCCUCAUGUCUAUGAUGCAGUCUACAAUGAACAAAUGGAGAUUGCAAAUUCAAAAAGUCCAGGGAAGUUACUGAACUGGGAUGACCUUAAGAAGAUGAAAUACUCAUGGAAUGUAGCUUCCGAAGUGCUGAGAAUGUCUUCACCUGUUCAAGGAGGCUGGAGGGAACCCUUGACCGACUUCAUGUUUCAUGGUUUUUACAUUCCAAAAGGGUGGAAGUUAUAUUGGAGUGCAACCUCAACGCACAAGAGCGAGGCUUAUUUCCCCGAGCCGGAGAAAUUCGACCCGUCAAGAUUUGAAGGAAGCGGACCAGCACCAUACACAUAUGUUCCAUUCGGUGGAGGCGUACGGAUGUGCCCCGGCAAAGAGUACGCAAGAUUGGCAAUACUAGUGUUCAUGCACAACUUGGUGAAAAGGUUCAAAUUUGAGAAAGUUCUAGCGGACGAGACGAUUGUUGUUAAUCCAUUGCCCGUGCCUGCUGAAGGACUUCCGAUCCGCCUUUAUCCUCACACCCAAAAAGAAGUAUCAACUUAGGCUUGAUGGCUUGUUUAAAAA